AUGGCCGGCACCACGACGGAGAGGUACCGGCCCGCACCUCUCAACACGUCUCCUCAAGGCGGUGCCCGGGCAGGCAUCGGCGGAGGAUCAGCCGGAUAUGGCGCCUACUACCAAGAGCCUUCUGCGACGGGAUUCUCGACUGCCGCUGGUAUACACCAGAACACCAUGGGCUACCAACAGUCGGCUGGGAGCUACGGACAAGACGGCCGGCAAACGCAAAACUUUGCCGGCUCGUAUAACCCCACGAUGAUGUACAAUGUACCCCAGGCUGCAACGCAGAAUCCCGUCUAUGAUACGCCGGGAAGCUCGUUUGACCUGCGGCAACCCGCAGCUCCUCAGAUGAUGCCGGCGGAUACCACAAUGACAGCCCAGUACUUUUCGAACGAGCCAACCAACGCCGCGGCUGCCUCGGCUAUGCAGCAGCAGCAACCCUCGAGUGCACAGGCGGCGGCGGCGGUCUAUCAGCAGGGCCCUUCUGAUAGAAAUACCAUGAUGAACUACCCCAGCAACAUUGCUGGCAUGCAAACCAUGGGGGCUCAGGCGACUCCUACUGCACCGCCUGAUGUGAGCAUGGAGGACUCCUCGGAAUACCCAGGUGGCGCGGACCUCAACCAGGCCUAUACACAAUAUCAGGACGCUCUGAAGGAAAUCUUCAAGAAUAUCAGGGAUGGUGCACUGGUGACAGCUAGUGAAUCACUGCUGAGUGUCUCCGAGUGGCUGCUGUCCCAUGUCCACGAGCUUGGCCUCACCUCUGACGAUCAGAAUCUGCACAGUGACAGAAUCAAGUUGUGGAACGACUUCAACCACGCUUGGCUGGCUACUUUUCAAGCGCAGAAGGAGCUGAUGGACUCGGGUCGCCCGCUCGGGAGGGGCCAAACUCUGAUCACCCUGGACGGUCUUAAGAAGCUGGGUGAUGAGCUUGUCCGGCUUUGCGAUAGCAUUGAAAGGCACGGUCUCGUUGACUACCAAUAUGGCGUAUGGGAGGAACAGAUCACAGAGAUCAUGCUCGAGUGCCACGAUCUCUAUUCGCCCGACGACACGGCGGGGGCGCCGGCCGCGGCGGGCUCCAAUCGAUAA